GCCUCUGUGAGAGCACUUUGUCCAUUCCACUUCCACCGUAAUCGCAGCGCAGCCUGGAGAACCCCCCCUCCUCAUACCACUGAUUUUAGACUGUGCAGCACUUUCUCUGAGUUCUACAGAUAAUUCAAGGGGCAACUCUGCCAGAUUACCAUUGUAGGGACCGCGCGCCAGCGUUCUACCAACAAGACAAAGAGAGGAAACCCCAACGCAGGCUCGCAGAAGCAAGAUGAUCAAAUCAACACAAAUUGCGCGGCUUGAUGGUAAUUAUCGCUGCUACAUGAGGAAACAGGAGAACCCCGCUAAUGGUAAUUCCCAGGCCUCAUGCUCUGCGCCUCAGUCGACGAGAACGAACAGGUACCCUCGCCCGCUAUACUAUUCCAUCGUUUCCAAGAAAUAAAUAGUUAAUUUAUUCGAAAACAGACCGAUUCAUCGCUCUCCGAAGUCAAAUCACAAAUUAAAAUCAUUCUGCGGAAGCUGAGUCGACACUCGGAACCACAGGCGUCUAUUGAGAGCGGUUCAUACACGAUACAGUAGGUGCCUCUUUUCUGUCAGGCAGCCCGAGAACCAUGAGUACAUAUGGUACUUCAAGGCAAGGAGGAUUUGUAUUCUGGUCAAAUGGAAACUCCGCCGUAUUGCUGCUGGCCUAACGGAAGGAAUCAUUCUUAAAGGACAUGUUUCUUUCACGGAGGGUUAUGCUGCCCAAAUCCGUUGGGCUUAGCAAGUGCUCUGCCGACUAUAGGAUCUGAAAAAUGGUGGAGGAAGAGCGGAAAGGGCUCUUGGAGUAGUCUCCCUAGCAUUUCCUGGAAUUCAACGACUACAUAACUUGAAACUGCCAUUGACACGCUCCUAGUUACCUCAUCUCCUCCGACAUAAUAUACAUCUGCAUUUGCGAGCGAUCAUACCCCAGAAAACUAGCCUUCACCUACCUCUCAGAUCUCAGCAAUGAAUUCAGCACCACCUACCCUUCCCAACAAGUUAUGUCCACCAUCCUCCGACCCUACGCCUUCAUGGAAUUUGAUACGUUCAUUUCCCGCACAAAAGCUACAUACUCCGACAGCCGCGCCACGCAGAAUCUUGACAAGCUGAAUGACGAAUUACGAGACGUGACAAAGGUCAUGACGAAGAAUAUUGAGGAUUUACUGUACCGUGGAGACAGUCUCGAAAAGAUGGGCGAAGUGAGUAGUAGGUUGAGAGAGGAUAGUAAGAAGUACAAGCAGGCGGCUGUAAGGAUCAAUUGGGAGUUGCUGCUGAAGCAGUAUGGACCGCUCGGUGGGUUGGGAUUGUUCAUUGUAAUCUUCCUGUGGUGGAGAUUCUUUUGAGAUCGCGUUGUAUAUUACCAGGGGUGAGAUAAAGGAGCUUACUCAUUUGCAGCACAUAAUUACGGAUCUGAGCAUACUAGGUAGGGCCUUGAUAUGCGGACUUUUACUUGUAGUGGCGCUCCUGUGAUUGUCUAUCAAGAAGUCUUUGCCUUGUAGAGGUUUGCUUUUUUUUUCCCGAUGGUUUUUUGAUCUUUUCGGCCUUUUUUGGUGUUGAAGAGGUCCUUCGCUUACCUACUGAGGCACUGUGAAGGACCUCAGAUCACCAUGUACAACGAUAGUUA